CAAUACUGAAGACAUCGCAACAAUAGUGGAAGAAGAAGAAUAAGUGGUGAACACCUCUUUCAUCGCAUUUGAGAGCACAAAAACAGCACAAUCCGCACAAAUGGAUCCGCUCUUCUUGAACGCCAUGCAAAACGCAUUCAAUACAAGCCGACCAUUGAAUGACUGGAGUUGGGAAGUGAGCGGUUUGACCAACGAUAGCGAAUAUGUGAUCAAUAUGUGGGGUAACGGGACAAACACGACGUUGCCGCCACCACCAUGGUCGUCGCACACCACACUCAUCGACAUCACCACCACAUUCAACGGCAGCGCCGACGAGACCAGAGUUUGGUGGAACAACUGGCAGAGUAUACCCUAUCCGAGCGGUUACUCGCAGUUGUCGAUCGUCGCGCUCGCCUUUUUCAUCACAUGUAUCAUGAUUUUAAUAGUCGUCGGAAAUAUGUUGGUCUGCAUAGCAAUAGCCACCGAGAAGUCACUAAAACCGGUGCAAAACUGGUUCAUCGCGUCGCUGGCCGUCUCGGACUUUCUAUUAGGUCUGGUUAUUAUGCCCUUCUCGUUGGCCAGAGAGUUGAUGGGCUAUUGGAUGUUCGGUAAGGUUUGGUGCGAUAUAUGGCUGGCAUUGGACGUACUCCUGUGC